AAGCGUUAAAAUCUCAUAGCUGCGUCUCCCCCCUGAAGGGUAUAAAAGGGCAACCCUGUCUUUUACCAGCAUCAGUCUUUCCUAGAGUUUCACCAUGAGAUCCUUUGUAUUGGCCUGCCUUGCCAUAGCAGCAGUCUCUGCUGACCCCUACACAAUCGGGCAAGUAAACGCUGGUGUACCUGCUCUUCGUGCUGCUCUCAGCGGUCAACCCGGAGUUAUCACAGGUAUCAGCUACGGCAAUGGGAUUGUCCAGGGUCAUCUGGGAAAUGCUGAUCACUAUAAUGUUGCUCCCUACACCUAUAAUACUGCUCCUGUAGCGUAUAGUGGGUAUGCUGCUCCUGUGGCAUAUGGCGGGUAUGCCGCCCCUGUUGCCUAUUCUGGAGCUCAUUAUCUUGGCAAAAGAGCAGCUGACUCUGAUGCCGAUGCUUACACAAUCGGACAAGUUGCUGCGGGACUACCUUAUGCUAAUGCUGUAGCCACCGGGCAUGCUCAUAACCCAGGAUACAUUGCCUAUACUUCCUACCCUGCUUCUUCUGUCCACACAAGCUACCACGCCUCUCCUCUGAGCUAUGCUGUUCCUUCAGUGUACUCACAUGGAGUUUAUAACACCAGCCCUUAUGUUCAUGCUCUCGGCAAGAGAGAUGCCGAUGCUGAUGCCGAUGCUUACACCAUUGGACAAGUCGCUGCUGGACUACCUUAUGCCAAUGCUGUGGCCACCGGACAUGCUCAUAACCCCGGAUAUAUUGCUUACACCUCCUUCCCUGCUUCUUCAAUUCACAGAGCAUACAAUGCUGUUCCCGUUGCCCACUAUGCCUAUGGUGGCUAUGCUGCUCCCUUCUAUGGCUAAGCUUGCCAUAGAUGUAAGGCUUGUUAAGAGUUAUGUACUUUAAAUAAGUUUCACAUCCAAAUCACCAGAAUAAAAAUUAACCAAAUCAUUAAAUUGUAUAAUGUCUUCCCUGUUUAAAUAAAUCACAGAUUUUCAUAA